AUGCAGACCCAAGCCAUAUAUAUGCUUCUAGCUGCUGUCGGUCUCCUCGACCCGGCAUCAGCGACCCUUCUGCGGACGUCAAUGCCAUUGAUGGGCUGGAACUCGUACAAUUACUACAACUGCAACCCGAACGAGUCCAUCAUCAAGGCCAAUGCGCAAGGCCUCGUCAGCUUGGGGUUCGAUAAGCUGGGCUACAAGUGGGUGACGACAGACUGCGGAUGGAACGCAAACUACCGCGACUCCUCCGGUCAGCUCGUCUGGGUUUCGAGUCGGUUUCCCUCGGGCGGCAAAGCGCUGGGAGACUUCCUUCACGGCCUCGGUCUCAAGUUCGGCGUCUAUUCGGGCGGAGGGUAUUAUCAGUGCGGCUCGACCGAUCUGCCCGCGUCUCUCAAUCACGAAACAACCGAUGCUAACUCCUUCAAUAACUGGGGGGCUGACUCGCUCAAAUAUGACAACUGUUAUUCAACUUCCAACACCACCAUGGUUGACAAUACAUCCCCGGGUGCCGUUUCGCCAACCCGUUUUGAGACCAUGUCCAAAGCUCUGGGUGCCGUUUCGCGGGGCAUUGUGUUCCAAGUGUGUCAGUGGGGAGUCGGUGAGAACCUUGGCAUUUGGGCACCUCCUAUUGCCGAGUCGUGGAGAAUCAGCAACGAUAUCCAGAACAAUUGGAAGAGCAUCUGGCGCAUCGCGAACGAGGUAGUCCCGUACUACAAGUACACCAAGCCUGGCGCUUAUCCAGACAUGGAUAUGCUCACCGUCGGUCUCGGAGCCCUCUCGCAUGAGGAGGAGCGGUUCCAUUUCGGGCUGUGGUCUAUCAUGAAGUCGCCUCUCAUCAUGGGCGCACCAGCACUCACUUCCGCGACCUCGUCUCAGUCUCUUGCAACUCUAGGCAAUGCUGAAGUCAUCGCCCUGAACCAAGACUCGCUCGGCGAGCAGGCCCGCCUCGUCCGCCGCUACACCGAGGAGGAGUGGGACGUCUUCGUGGGAACGCUGUCGGGCGAUCGCCUCGUGAUCGGUCUCGCCAACUGGAAGAAUGGUAGCACAGCCGCGUCUGUGGACCUGGCCUCCGUGCUGGGGAUCAGCUCCGCGACCGCGCGCGACGUCUGGGCUGCGCAGGACCUGGGCACCAUCUCAGGCACGUACAGCAAGACCCUCGCUCCGCACCAGCUCCAGCUGCUCGUCUUAUCCAAUGUCGCAAAGACCAGCGCCACGCCAAAGUCGGCUGGAUACUACACGGCGACCGACGCCACGCUGUCCGGUUCGGCGGCCAAAACGACGUGCUCAAGCACGCAGUGUCUGCCCGCGCAUGCAAAGGUGGGAUUCAUUGGUCAGGGCCCUGCCGCUGCUGCUGUGACCUUUAAUGGUGUCAAAGCCGCCACGUCCGGGACAAAAUUAUUGGGCGUCGACUUCAUCAACUACGACAUCGCGACCGACAGUGCUUGGGCUAAUGGGAGCAACACGCGCAACAUGACGAUCUCGGUCAAUGGAGCGACGCCGAAGCGGUGGGCCUUCCCAAUCUCGGGAGGGAACUGGUUCGACACCGGGCGCUUGCAGAUUGAAGUCGGUGGAUUCAAGGCCGGCGACAACACAGUCGUAUUCCGCGCGGCCACGGACGGACAGUACGCUCCUGAUCUCGUUGGGUUUGAGGUGUUUGAAUGA